AUGGAUUGGGUCAAUCGACAAACAGCCCAUGAACGCCCUGUAAGUGGACUUAAUCUUUUUUUUUUUCUGUCUUUUGUUUUUUUUUCCUAAAAAUGGGAUAAACUGCAAGUCAUGUUCUAUGCAGUGUUAGUAAUGGUAUUUUUUGUGUACGUCGGCCAUCUUACUUAUAUUUGUUUCAAUUAUAUUUCUGUUUAUGUCGUGGGUUGUUAUUACACUCGGGGCCAGUCCUUUAUUUGUGAUCCUGGCAUCAUUUUCUGUUGAUGUUACAGGAUUUAUUGGAGUGGAGAAAGCGUCAAGGGAAGGCAGCAUGGUAUGGCCUUUGGUCAAUAAUUAUAGGUAAGCUUGUACAAGCAAGCCUCUCUAUAUAUAAUUUUUAAACUUAAGAAUUCUGAUAAAAGUUUUGUUCUUGUGCAUAUCUUACCUAAAGAAGAGUUAGUAGAGGGAAUUAGUCCGUAAAAAUCUUCAUGACGCAAUAGAUGUUGCACUUGUUGAUCAGUUUUGAGGAACAGCUAAUUGUUUUCCACCAAUCAAAGAUAAUGGACAAGGUUGCUUUUGAGAAAACUGUGAUCUGUCGGUAGAAACCUUUGCAGCCAAAGACUGAGGCUAAUGAUUGAUCUGUAAGGCACUGAUAAAUGACAUAAUCUGUGGUGUGUGCUUUUGAUCACUGAGUUUUCUUUGUCAAUAAACAUUUUAAGCAGAACCUAGUACUGUAGGAUCAUGGAGUAACUUCUGAGAACAGUAUAUAUAUUUGGUAUAUGCCACGCAAGUGAAUAGUGCUUUUUGCACAUGCUGAUUGGCAAGUUGAGAAGUGAAUAGGAAGUACUAUUCACCUCUAAGGAGUGGAUGAGACAAAAUCGCAUAUCAAAAGAUUAAUUUUCUGACCAUUUUUCAGUAUAGUGAUGCAAAUAAACUAGUUUUUCAUAUCUGUGUUGUUUAUUAUAAAAAAAUUAUUCAUCCUGAUGCAGUGUCUGUGAAAGUGGUGGAUAUUUACCUUGCAACUUUGGAAAUAUGCACUAUUAUUAUCCAACUGCACAAAGUAGACAACAAAUAAUGGGUGAAUAGAGUACAAAUAUCCUGCGAUAUUGGAUGGUUGUUUGGACAGUUGGUUAUUUUGUACUGAAAAUAAGCCUGUUUAACCAGUCAGCUGUGUGUGCUACACUUCUCUAUCUACUUUGCUUUUCCUGCCUUAUGAGAAAUGAGCAGAAAGACUUAGCAGAAAAAAAGCGGUUGGAUAAUAAAUAACUUAUUAGACGUUUUGGUGUUUAGUAUCGCUGAGUAUUUUUACUUGUUUGUAUUUUGAUUCACCCUACGUGCUUGUUAAAAUAUGGCACAACUUGCAAGAAUACUCGGCAAUACUACACACAAAAAUGUCUAAUAAGAUACAUCUAGUUACCUCCACCUCGGUGAAUAAUUAUUGUUGAAUAUUAUGACAAAUGUGCUGAUGAGACAACACCUAUUGGCACAUACUAAACAUAAAUGUCUGAUUGUCCACCUGGUUGCCGUGUGAACUUUAAUAUAUUUCAUGAAUGACAUGUAUUGAAUAUCUUAUGCAGUGCAAGAAAUGAAGGAAUCUCUUCUUAUAUUGAUAUGGACAGAAAGCUGCAGAAAUUUUGCCCAGUUUGGAAAUCUGUUCCAUUUCUGGUGUAAAUUUGAUUGUUUCUUUUAGAAGGGGGCCAAACUCAGAUACCCCCUCACCUCUACCAGUAGAGGUGAGGGGGUGGUACUUCCUCAAUACUACUUUUAGUGGUUUUGUCUAUUUAGUAAGUACAUACAGAAUUAUUUCUUUGUUUCAAUUUUUAGGUAGUAGCGUGACUUUUUCAGGCCUUUCGUUCUUCCGGCUGCAAAUACCCAAGAAGUACAUUCCACUUUUGUCUCUAAGUAUGUGUUAAUAUAAGAGUUUUAUUGAUAUACGAGAUAUCAAAAGUUCAUUUUCCUUUUAUAUCAUGACUGAAAAUUCACUCUGAAUGUAUAUAUAAUACAGUUGUAUACUCACAAGAAUGACAAAAUUGGAAGAGUAUGGGUGUGAUUUCAUGAAAAGCAUCAUUUGCUCAUCAUAAUAACAGAAAAAGCACACAUUUAAGUUGUACUUAGUUUGAUUUGAAACAUUCUCAGUAACUUCUUGUUUCACAACAUUAUAUAAAGUUGCAGAUGUUCUAUGCAAAUUACUUUUCAAUCCUCAUGAACUUCCAUUCCAACAAAAUGAUGAAGUUUAAUCUAAGAUCCAAGUGCUGUUUGCCAAUGCUGGUUACCAUUAACUUUGUCACUCAGUGUAACAGGCUGUGUUCAGGCAUAUCUUAAAGAUGAUUCUGUCUAUGGAAUGUCAUUUUCCUCUUUUAUUAGAAAUGCCUCCCAGCAUAUCAGUUCUGUUCUUGAAUGUGCUAGUCAACUGAAAAACUUGCUUGAGUGUGUUUUAGGUAGAAAACCCCAUGAGUAAAGGGUUUCUUUUGAGCUCAGAACCUCAUGUAUUCCCUUAGUUUUAACCCAGUUUAAGAAUAUUAAAGAAAUCACUGGACAUAAACAACUUUUAUUUCUGGAAAGGUACUGCUCUAAGCAUGAAAAAUAUUUUUUCCUCAUAUUUGAAGUAUAUUCAAGACCUUUGUCUCAUAAUGUAAUCACGUCUGACAUGGAUCAGAAUUGUUUACAAUGUGAGAAAAAUGAUUACACUUCAUGUAAAAAUGUAGUCAUUAAAUUGAUUUGGCACAGCCUUUUUUUACUUUUCUUCCUUUAAGAUUGACAUUCUUUUUUGUUUAUAGCUGCUGGAGCUUGCUCUGGUUGGUAUGUUUCACACAGAAUUAUGAGGUCUUCCUCUCCAUCUGAUGUGGGUUCUGCUGUUCCAGACAUCAGUCAGUCAUUAGGUAAGUUUAGGUAACCUUUUGUUAAACUUCUAAGUUACCACCUUUCUGUUCUUCAUGAAAGAAAAUUUCCCAGUGGUUUGGUUUGUGUUUGCUUAAGUCCUUCUUCCUCAUUUUGUGCAUGACCUUUUGUUUCAGGCCUUUGCUUAGUGGUCUUAUAUCCAAAGAGACAACCACAAACCCAUUAGGCUUGGCUAAUAUAAGAGAAAAAGUCUCUUUUAAGAAAUUUUCAUGUAAUUAAGAACAAGAAACUACAUUUAAUAUUCCAUCUAACUGACACCUUAAAUUGGUUUCCAACCAAACACAAAAUGUGUAGAAAAUUAAGAAAACUGCAAACCACGAAGGACAAAAAAAACUUAAAAACUAAAAAAUUUUUUCCAUGGGAGGGCAAAAUACAAUUUCAAAAGAGGCUAGUCUGCACAACCAGUAUAAUUUUUGAUCAUAAUGUUUUGUUUCCUUUUGCUGUAGAGAAAUUUUUAAUAAAUGUGCUUGUAUUAUUUAUGUGCAUAUUGCAUUCAAUUUUCAGAUAAUUGUUUAUUUAAUUCAGAUACUAAUUUUUCAUUUUUUGUCAUUAAAAAUGUAGAGAACAAUGCAUCAGCUAUGCAGGAAUCAAAAUUUGGAGACAAAGACUUCAUUAAAGAGUGAUAUAUCACCUGUGGUUUACCAUGGUGUCCCUGUCUAUCAAUUGUAGAAAGGGGUGUUUUAAUAAUUAAAUAUAUGGAUUGUUCAUAAAUGUUUGAAACAAUCAACCUUUUUGUUAUAAUGUGGAUUGUACAUUAAUGUUAAAAAAAAAAUCAAUCUUUUGCCAAUGCCAUAACAUCAGAAUGUUGUGUUACAGCAGAAUGAAAGACUGACUCAGCACAAUACUUAGUUUUGUUUCAUGUAAUUGUGUUCAAGUUAGUCACUCUGUCGAAAAGUAACUAUUCGUAAAAAAACAUGGAAGGUGAUGGAAAGGCAAUUGUCAGGCCCUGGCGGUUAAAAGGGCAGAGACAGGAACAGAAGGGUUUAUUGUCAUGGUACACUUUGGGAGAAAACUUAAUUGAGCUAUUUGAGGCUAAGUCUUUAAAUUUGUUGGGGCCCUUGAACACGCCUUGGAAUUUCCUUCUUUGGUUUUGUUAGGCCAACAUUAUCUCUCCCUAAUUUUGUGUGAGAAUUCAAUGUUUUUAGAAAAAUUGGAGUAACUAACUACAGAGGAAAUUUUUCAAAUACUUAAAGAAACUACUACAUAAACCUUGGGGGUAAUUACAAAUUUAGUCUUUGAAAGGAUUUAAGAGUAUUCUCCAGUUUUCAUUGUGUGGAUUAAAGAUCUUCUUUCUAUGAAUACCUACAUGUACCCAGUGUUGUUUGUGGUCUGUUCAAUAGCAGAGGCGAGGGGAAGUCAACCUUUGUUCAUAUCCUGUCUUUGGUAGAGAAAAAAAACCUUUAUUGGCCAAGAUGCACAACUUCAUUGCAUAAAUGCCCUGUUAUUUAUGGGUUGGAAUUGACAUCUUGGACUUGUCAUUCUUGCAUUUUUCAGAUCUUCUAUGUCUUUUGUGAUAAUUAUAAAACAUUAUGAGUUUACUUGUUUCCCAUUCCUGUUUUAAAUUUGCAUAUUCAGUCAUUUUCCAUUAAAGGCCUAAUAUGGAACAGUUUGUUAUGGUAAUUGAUGAAGUUUGCUGCUGAAGUUGCAUGAAUUCAAGAAAUCCCAAGAUCAUGUGGCAUUCAGCCAGAGUGCAAAUAUUGGGAAAAAUACCACUUAAAGUGAAGACUUCCUUCAUUUGAGAACUCAGCACUGUCAUGUAGAAGUGAGAAGUUACUGCCUUUCACUUAAAAUGACUGACAUUUAGCCACAUUCUUGUAUUUAUUGGUAGAGUAGGAGACAAUCAAAAAUAAAAGGAAAUAAAGG